AUGACCUCGCUACAGUCAGCUCUCAGCGCGCUAGGGGAGGCCCUAUGCAUCCUAGGCUGCACACAGCGCUCACCUCACCUCCGACUUCUCACUUUCGCCAGCAUCGUCUGCCUCGCUGUCUGCCUAUUCCUCAAUCCAACGGGCUCGGCGUACCGGGACUACACGAUAGGAUGUUCAGCUGCCAUCCGGGUAUUCAUGAUGUCGGAUUUCUUACUCCUCAACGACCCUCUGAAGUUUAGGAAACUGAACGAACCGGCACCUCCACCCUCGUCCGAAGCAUCUCUCAGUGUGCGCCUAAAACGAAGCUUCGACCUCGUCUACGCACCUCGAGGAGUAGGUUGGACACACCGAAUACGAGGCAUGGCAAAUAGCGCGCCAAACAAGUCAACAGCAACGCUCCCCUUCCUCGCCAAGCGGAUGAAGAUCUUCGUAGUCCAGUUCAUUCUCUACGAACUCGCCGACCUGGUCAUCCAAGCCAACCAACAUUUCCCGCCACUGCUCUCCGACAAAUGGUGGCUGAGGGCUCUCGUGGUCAUCGCCCAUCUCACCGAGCUCAGAACACGACUUUUAAUGACUUACGAAUUGAUUAUAAUUGGGAGGGUGGUUACGGGCCUGUCAGAACCUGACGAAUCCGAGUGGCCUCCACUCUUUGGGUCGGUCUUGGAAGUAUACACAGUUCGAAGGUUUUGGGGGCAAUUUUGGCACCAGGUUUUGCGAAGGAUGCUCACAACACACAGCGACUUCCUUGCACAGUGCCUAGGACUCCGAAAACGUCUCAUCGCAAGAUACUUCAAGCUCCACAUGGCGUUCUUCAUCUCCGCAAUCGUUCAUUACUGUGGAGACUUCACCAUCCGACAAGAUUGGAAAGGAGGAAGCAUGCACUACUUCUUGCUGCAGGCAGCCGCUAUCACCGUGGAGGACGCUUUGAUUUACGCUGGGAGGAGGCUGGGAUGCGAAAGAUGGAUGUCCAAACGGUGGGCUAGGUUGCUGGGCUAUGCAUGGGUGAUGGCGUGGUUCGCUGCUACACAUCCUAUCUGGCUCGGGCCGCAGAUAGAGGUUGGAUUCGUCACUUCAAGACCGCCCAAUGUGUUUCGUGCCUUGCAAAAGUAG